GAGGCCUGAACCGAGCAGAACGCAGCUAGCGGUCAAUUCAGAGCGACUAUCGGACUCUGAUUCAGGACCAGCACUUCAGCUACCUAUCGGAUUUUCUCCCCGAGACCAGACACACACUUAGUGGAAGUAUGAGCUCCAGCACUGACGAGCGUCUGGACCAUCUCCUCAGCGCCGUGGAGAGCGAGUUUCAGAAGGGCAGCGAGAAGGGCGACGCGUCGGAGCGGGACAUUAAACUGGGGCUUGAGGACUCCGAGCUGUGGAGCAAAUUUAAAGAGCUCACCAACGAGAUGAUCGUCACCAAGACCGGCCGACGGAUGUUCCCUGUGUUGAGGGCCAGUGUCAGCGGCCUGGACCCGAACGCCAUGUACUCCGUGCUCCUGGACUUCGUGGCCGCAGAUAACAACCGCUGGAAGUACGUGAACGGAGAGUGGGUUCCGGGCGGCAAGCCGGAGCCCCAGAGCCCGAGCUGCGUGUACAUCCACCCGGACUCCCCCAACUUCGGGGCGCACUGGAUGAAGGCCCCCGUCUCCUUCAGCAAAGUCAAACUCUCCAACAAACUCAACGGCGGAGGACAGAUUAUGUUGAACUCUCUGCACAAGUAUGAGCCCAGGAUCCACAUUGUAAAGGUUGGCGGCAUUCAGAAAAUGAUCAGCAGCCAGUCUUUCCCCGAGACUCAAUUCAUUGCAGUCACAGCCUACCAAAAUGAAGAGAUCACAGCCUUAAAAAUCAAGCACAACCCUUUUGCAAAGGCCUUCCUGGAUGCCAAAGAACGGAGUGAUCAUAAGGAAGCCCAAGAACACACCAGUGACAAUCAACAGUCUGGAUACUCACAGCUUGGUGGAUGGUUCCUGCCUAGUAAUGGUCCAAUCUGCCCCAGCAGCAGCCCUCCUCAGUUCAGCGGGGCCCCUGGUCACUCCUCCAGUUCGUACUGUGAGCGCUACUCCAGCUUGAGAGGCCACAGAGCGAGCCCCUAUCCAAGCCAUUACCCCCAUCGCAGCACUACUAGCAACAAUUACAUGGACAAUUCCUCAGGAACACUUUCUUCCCAUGAUAGCUGGUCGGCUCUUCAGAUUCCUAAUUCUAGUGGAAUGGGCACUCUUGCUCACACUACCAACACCACCUCCAACACUAGCCAGUACCCCAGCCUCUGGUCCGUUGCUGGAACCACCCUCACCCCCUCCGGAUCGGCAUCAGGUUCUAUUGCCGGGGGCCUGACCUCACAGUUCCUACGAGGUUCCUCAGUGUCCUACUCGGGCCUCACCUCCUCUCUGCCCGUGUCUUCCCCAUCAUCCAUGUAUGACCCAGGCCUGAGUGAGGUUGGCAUGGGUGAAGCCCAGUUUGAGAGCUCCAUUGCCAGACUCACAGCUUCCUGGACACCUGUGGCACAGAGCUACUAACCAGAUCUACUGCCAGGGUUCUUCAGCUUGAUUAAAAGACUUCCUCCUGCUGUUACACAAAUCCAUGUGUGAUUGAUCAGAUCCACAAAAUAAUGCCCGAAGAGGCAUUAUAAUUCUCUAAGGGUGGUCAACUUGGACUGGACUUGGACUGAUUAGUCUAAUGCUUUACACCAGCAAAGUAGGAAUAUAGACAAUGUUCCUGCUUUUCCAAGGGAAAAGACUGACAGCCAGAAGGCUUAUGCAUAGUCUUAUUUUGGCGCAGAGUAUAAUUGCUUGUCAUUUUUGAGAGACAGAGCAAAUACAUGACAUAAAGACAAUCAUUUAGCAUUGUAUUUGCUCUCCUUUCUUAGAAAUUACAGACCUGUUACUGUCAGACACCAAAACUGUCUAAUGGGGCCAAUAGUUGAGCUUAAAAGUUAACUUAAAGAUUAAUAAGACCAAAGAUAAUGUUGUCGUUCACUGAAUGUAAAUGUGUGUAAAUAAAUUUAAAUUAACAUUCAUUCCGAUUGUUGGUUAUAUGAAGUAUAAAUGAACAAUCUACAGAACCUUGCUGUGCUUCAAAAAGUGCCUUGUAUGCUCUACAGUAUGUAUGGUAUGGAAUGAACUUUCCCACACCAAGUGCCAUGUACAUACCUAUUUGUAUUUGUUUGACUCAUUGUGAGUUUUAUUUAUAUCAUGUUAAUAAUAAAUUAAAGUUUCUUUUUUUUGUCAAA